AUGGAGGGAAGGAAAGUGCCCCGCGUUCCGGAGCUGUCCACCGAAGGCCCCUCUUCGGCGGGCUUCAAGACAUAUUCGGCCGCUGUGUCGGCCGAUAGGAUCUCUCUCGUAUCGGGCCAUCUGUCGCAUCAGACCUCUUCUUAUAACGCAGCUUCCCCUGCUCUUUCAUCGGCCACUCAAGCUCGUUCUCUAUCGACAACCACAGCCAACAUGUCUUCUCAACCUGAACACGCUACUCUGCUCAUUCCCGGACCCAUUGAGUUCGACGAUGAUGUCCUCAAGUCUAUGGGCCACUACAGUGAGAGCCAUGUCGGUCCUGGCUUUGUCAACACCUUUGGCGAGACCCUCUCUAUGACCCGCAAGCUCUUCCAAUCGACCGACCCCUCCGCCCAACCUUAUAUUAUCUCCGGUUCCGGUACUCUAGGAUGGGAUAUCGUCGCUGCCAACCUCGUUGAGGCUGGCGAGGAUGCCCUUGUUCUUAGCACUGGAUACUUUGGCGAUGGCUUUGCCGACUGCCUGCGCGCCUACGGUGCCAACGUCACCAAGCUCGACGGUGAGGUUGGUGGCCGACCUCAGCUUCCCGAAAUCGAGAAGGCACUUUCCGAGAAGAAGUAUAAGAUUCUUACAGUUACACACGUCGACACAUCAACUGGUGUUCUGAGCGAGCUCAAGAACCUCGCCGCUACUGUGAAGCGAGUCUCUCCUGAGACUCUUGUCAUUGUCGAUGGUGUUUGCAGUGUUGCUUGUGAGGAGAUCGCAUUCGACGAGUGGGGUCUGGAUGGUGUUGUUACUGCUAGUCAAAAGGCCAUUGGCGUUCCUGCUGGUCUCUCCAUCUCUUUCUUCAGUGGCCGAGCUGUUGCUGCCGCUCUUGAGAACCGCAAGACUCCUAUCCCCGCCUACUUUGCUUCCAUGAAGAACUGGACUCCCAUUAUGAAGAACUAUGAGGCCAAGAAGCCCUCUUACUUCGCCACUCCCUCUCCUCAGCUCGUCCACGCCCUUCACACCAGUCUGACCCAGAUCCUCUCCAAGCCCUUGUCUGAGCGAUUCCAGGGCCACAUUGAGGUCUCCAACAAGGUCAAGAAGGCCAUCACCGACCUCGGCCUCAAGAUUGUUGCCACCAAGCCCGAAGACCAGGCUCACGCCAUGACUGCCAUCUACCUGCCCGAGGGUGUUGGCGCCCCCGAUGUUCUGCCCAAGCUGGCUGGUAAGGGUGUCGUCUUUGCUGGUGGCAUUCACAAGGCCAUUGCCUCCAAGUACAUCCGAUUCGGUCACAUGGGUGUCAGCGCUCUGGAUCCUAGCCGAAACCACAUGGAGAAGGCCAUUAAUGCUCUCAAGGAGAGCUUGUUCGAGGCUGGCUACAAGGCUUAGACAUGAGAAAUAAAGAAAUAAAGAAAAAAUCGUCAACACGGCUUAACGACCUGGUGGAAGCUCUGGGUCGGGUUGAAGAUACUCACGCCUAUAUAUCAGGUAUAAGUUUCUCACUUGAAGCUUACAGUACAUAAAGAAAGAAAUGACUGGCCACAUUGGUUGGUGUUUGGAUAGACGAUGGAACCAACUAUAGAGGGUUGGAAUGUUGUCUUUGUCUUUUAUUGAUGAAGCGAGCUUAAAAAUAUUAUACUUUGAUAAAUA